AUGGCGGCGUCCGCGGCCCUGUCGGCGGCCCUGUCGGCGGCGGCGCUCUCGGGCCUGGCGCUGCGGCUCUCGCGCUCGGCCGCGGCGCGCGGCUCCUACGGCGCCUUCUGCAAGGGGCUCACGCGCACGCUGCUCACCUUCUUCGACCUGGCCUGGCGGCUGCGCGUCAACUUCCCCUACUUCUACGUCGUGGCCUCGGUGAUGCUCAACGUCCGCCUGCAGGUGCGCAUCGAGUGAGCGCCGCGGCCCGGCGGGGUCGG